AUGCCUACAGCGAUACUACCUUCAGAUGGCCUCACCACCAAUGGCACUUCUAACUCGUUCUCGACAUCUACUACUCCUCCAUGCAUCAGUUCUUCGCGCCACGUUCUCCUCCUUCUCGACGUCCAAAAAUGCAACCUAUCAGAUCAAACUGGAGUACCUAACGCUCCCAAUCUACGCGAUAACAUCCUUCAAGUCCUCAAACAAGCCAGAGAGUCGCAACCACCGCCUUUGAUCAUCCAUGUACGGAAUAUAGGUGAUGUUGGAGAGCCGGAUGAAUAUGGAUCAGAACCAUGGGGGUUGAUGUUUCCUGCUUUGGAUGGAGAGUGGGUGAUUGAUAAGAGGAAGAAUAAUGCGUUUGCUGGAACGAAUUUGGGGGAAUGGGUCAGAGAUGAUGCAGAGAUUGUUGUUGUGGGUGUGAUGUCGGAUUAUUCGAUAAGAGCGACCUGUAGUGCCGCCCUAGGUCGAGGGAACGAAGUCCUAUUGAUCCGAGAUGCUCAUGGGACAUACGACCGAGUAGAGGUGCUUUACGGUGGAGGUGUAACCCCUGCACAUAACAUCGAGACCGAGAUUGAGGAAGAGCUAGAGGAAGCAGGCGUUCAUGUGUUAGAAAUGAAGGAUAUACCUGGAAUCUUUACCGAUCGUUAG